UUAAUAUGUUUUCAUUUUAUUUCAUGAAAAUGUGUGUACAUUUUUAAACUUUACGAAGUCGGAUAUAUAAGCUACGUAAUUUUUUAUUUGCAAAAUAAUCUGUUCCAAGAAAUGUCUUGACGAUGGUCCGUUCUUCAAUGUGUGCAGCUGCAACAAAUAUCUUUGUUAUUGUUGUGACAGGUUAUCAAGUGCUCUGUGCAGCGAAGCAAUUUUAGCACCUAGAAUUUAGCUGAAACCAUUGGACAGAAUGGCGGAUACCCAUCUAUUUGAAAUAGAUGGCAGUGUCUUGGAAGGAGGAGGACAGAUCCUACGGAUGGCAUUGUGCUUUAGCGUGCUUACCAAGACGCCGGUACGCAUCCGUAACAUUCGCCAAGGGCGCAAGAAACCGGGACUGGCAGCGCAACAUCUAGCUGGGGUAGAGCUGAUGCGAGAUAUUUGUCAAGGCAGGCUAUACAAAGCGUGUCUCGGAUCGACCGAGAUUGAGUUUUACCCUGGACAUAUUGAGCACGGGCGAUUCGUCGGUCACAUUCAAACUGCAGGAAGCAUUACCUUGCUCCUUCAAGCUACACUACCCGUUGCCAUCUUCAGCUCCGGUCCAGUCACGCUAGAUUUGCGUGGAGGUACAAACACGGAUCUUGCUCCGCAGGUGGAUUUCUUGACGGAAAUAUUUCGGCCCAAUAUGGAACGAUUCGGUGCCAGCUUCGAUUUCGACUUGAUUCGGCGGGGCUAUUUUCCGAAAGGCGGUGGACAAUGUGUGAUAGAAGUAAGACCAGUACAAUCAUUAAGGCCCGUCACUAUGGUUGAUGUGGGCUCUGUUACCAGGUUCUUUGGAUGGAGCUAUGUCGCCGGUGUGCUUCCGUUGAAGAUUGCACACGAAAUGUCUAGCGGUGCUAAAUCGAUCCUCAACCAAAUUGCCAACAGUAGGGCAGAUAUAGAAGUCUACAAAGAAAGUAUGGACAUGGCACCGGAAGGCAAUUGCUCCGGUAUCAUUAUUGGCUGUGAAACGAGUACUGGAGCCAUUCUUGGCGGUUCGGCACUUGGAGAAGCCAGGAAGAAAGGUUUCCAGAGCGGGGAGGAAGCCGCUCACGAGAUCCAAAGCGCCAUCUCCGUUGGUGCCUGUAUAGAUCGACACGUGCAAGAUAUGAUGAUCAUUUUGAUGGCAUUGGCUGACGGGACGAGCCGCAUCCGGACGGAACCGUUGACCAUGCAUACCAAAACGGCAAUCUAUGUGACGGAGCUGAUGACAAAGGCCAAAUUUAACAUCAUAGAAGGAAAUGGCAGUGCUAUCAUCGAAUGUGUUGGCAUUGGACUGCGUAAUAUAAAUCUUCCAAAAAAUACCACGUCAUACUGAGGAUCGGAGCGCAUUGGAGUGAAUUCUUAGGUUCAAAAUGUAUUUGCUUUGCAUUACAUAAAUAACAAACAUCUACUUGCAAUAAUAGAAAAUAACUUCCACUUUAGACGGAACGACACGUAUGCUAUUGAAUAAAUAAUGUAUUCAUUGGAAUAUAUUCACUAUUUAAUUAAUCACUGUUUGCUUAGUAUGAACUAAUAUGAACUUUAAAAUAUAUCACUUUUAUCUUAAUUAAGCUCGAAAGUGUAGCCAAUAAUGCAUGAGUCUUCUGAUGGACAAAAUUAAUGCGUAAAACGUAACGCCAUCUGAGCAGUACCGGUAUAUUAACUUUAACUAAACUCGUCCACGGUCACGUCUAUCAACCAUGGGCGUGCAUUUUUAUUUUUUUAUUUUAAGUUCACUCCAAAUUUUUGCCAUAUUACGUAAAUAUUUAAAAUUUCUAGAACAAAAAUCAAUAUUUUGAUACCGGCUCGUGACUAAUACGGAAUUCUCGCGAACGUUUGUUGCGCCAGGAAUGGUGUGUUUUGUUUGCUUGUUUUGGGGGUUUUACAUUACGUUACAACAAGUAAAAAACAAGUAAACUUCACUGUAAUAAAAUGUGAACGCGUAAUGCGUCCUGCCAUGUGUUAUGCUAAU